AUGGCUAUUACCGAUAUGCUCAAUCGCCGAGUCCGAGCUCGGCCAGAUGACGAUGAGGUCUACUCAGAGGCAUCAGGUUCCGACGAGGGCUCACAAGCUGGCUCUGAUGCCGAAUCCAACGGUUCCAUCCAAUCACAGCCCGUUGGCUCCUACUCCGAAGAUGCAGGCACAGCCUCCGAGUCCGAAGCCAGCAACUCAGAAAAAGAAGAAGAAUCCGAAUCCGACCACGACGACGGCGACGACUUCAAAGCCUCACUAGCAGACAUUUCCUUCGGCGCACUCGCCAAAGCGCAAGCCUCAAUGCGCGAAAAGAGCCGCAACAAGCGCACCCCGAAAGACGAAACACCCUCAACCGUCGAUGAAAUCCGCACAAAGCUGCGCGAAGCACGCGAACAAAAGCUCGAAGCCGCCGCCAAAUCCAAAUCCAAAGAAAAGAAAAGCAGAUCAUCCAAACACGCGCCCAUGGAACAAUCGUCUAAACGUGCCGUGACGCGCAAGCGCACAGCAGUCGAACUCCCGCCCGCGCCGCGGUCCCGGGAUCCGCGCUUCGAUGCGGCUGUCAUGGGCCACAGCGGAGUCGGGAAGCACCCGCAUGGCGGGAAAGCGUAUGCAUUCCUGGAUGAGUACCGGGCGUCUGAGCUGAAUGAUUUGAAGGAGCAAAUGAGGAAGACGAAGAAUCUUCAGCAGAAGGAGAAGCUUAAGGGGGAGAUUCGACGGGCGCAGGAUAAGCUGCGGUCUGCGCAGAAUAAGAAGCGUGAGGCGGAGGUGCAGGCUGAGCAUAAGAAGCGUGAGAAGCAGUUGAUCCGGGAGGGUAAGAAGGCCAACCCGUACUAUCUUAAGAACUCUGAGUUGCAGAAGCAGGUUCUCGAGCGGAAGUACGAGGAGAUGGGAUCACGGGAGCGUGCGAAGGCUCUUGAGAGGAGACGCAAGAAGAUGACUUCUAAGGAGCGAAAGGAGAUGCCUUGGGAGAGGAGGGGGGCUGAGGGUGGUGGUGAGGAUGGGGGUAUGCCUAAUGGUGGGAAGAGGAGGAGAUUGGAGUAG